AUGGAGAAGUACCACACCGUAACGGAGCCAGACGUCAUGUCGCCCAAUUUUGAAUUCUCGCCGGCGCAGGACGACUCGGCCUUGUACUACGCCAACAUUGAAACGCUGGAACGCCUCACCAUGUGCUACAUCCGCCGCUUCGUGGAGGGCGUGUCGGUCUCGCAGCAGGCGAGCUUCCCCAAGUGGCACCAUCGCCACAUGACAUCCGUGUUCCGGCGACGCCUUCUCGUUCAUGACGAGAAGCAUCAGCAACAGCAACAGCACCAGUAUUGCCAAGACAAAAAUCAUGAUGACAACGUCGGGGCGAUGCUGGCCCAGCUGGAGGUCCAGGACGUUGUCAACGCGCGGCUCGUGCGUGCCGUGGGCGAAAAUCUCCGGGCCGUGUGCGAGGGGCGGCGGGACAUGCUCGAGGUGCUGCUGGAGCAGGACGGCGAACUGUCGAGGCUGUACGACCGCGGCAUCGCCAUGGCCGACGCCAACCGCGCCGUGGCCCAGCUGAUCGGGCUGGUAGCCCACCGGUAUCCACGCAUGAAGUUCCUCGAGGUCGGGGGCGGCACCGGCAGCACCACCAAGUACGUCCUUGAGGCACUGGCCGGCCGGUUCAGGACGUACACCUUCACCGACAUCUCGGCCGGUUUCUUCGCGCGGUCCGAGGAGAAGCUGUCCAAGUAUGAUGACGACGGCGGUCACGGCGGCAAGAUCGAGUACCGCGUGCUCGACAUUGAGCGGGAUCCUACCUCUCAGGGGUUCACCAACGGGGCGUACGACCUGAUCAUUGCCGCCAACUGCGUCCACGCCACCAAGAGUCUCGGGACCACGCUCGCCCACCUGCGGGACCUGCUUCGGCCCGGAGGCUUUCUCGUGCUUUUCGACAUCACGGGCGACCCUAUCUGGCUGUCGUACUCGUUCGUCUUUGGCGGGCUUGACCAGUGGUGGGCCGGCGCCGCCGACGAUGGCCGGGUGGACGGUCCGGGAGUCUCUCGCGCCAGGUGGGAUUCGGAACUGCGGAAGAGCGGCUUCUCGGGGCUGGACCAGGCCGUCCCUUUCCCGCGGCGCCGCGAGAUGUUCUCCGUCAUGCUGUCGCAAGCGGUUCAUGACGAGGCUGGGACGGUGUUAGCUUUAAGGCAGCCCACGCUCGCCCUCAACCAAGAUAGCAGCAGCAGCCGCAGCCGCCGCCGGUUCAAUCGCCAGGCCUUCGCCGUCGUAGGUGCCUCGAGCCUUUCUGAGCGUGUCGUUAAUCAGUUUGGUCGCCAUGUCCUAAACGUCACUCAUGUGCCCAGUCUGGACCACGUCGGCGCCGCGAAGGAUCCCGCAUCGUCGUCGUCUUCCUCGUCCUUGUUUGCGCCAGGGAAGAACCUCGCCGUCAUGCUGAUGACCGAGCUCGACAUGCCACUAUUCGCUCAUCUAAGCGGCGACACGCUGGCCAGCUUCAAACUACUACUGAGGAGCAGCAGGUACUUCAUGGUUGUUACCCGGCGCUGCAGAGACGAGAACCCCGACUCCAAUAUGCUCGUCGGUGUGCUGCGGGCGCUGUUCGCCGAGAUGCCGCACUUCCGGUUCCAAUGCAUCGAUAUCGACGACCUGGAUGUUCGGGCCGACAAUUUUGACCGUACGUCGGACAUCCUUUCGGCGAGCCUCUUGCGCAUGGUUCUCGUGCCUCUGCUCGAGGAUGAACCCUCUCGUAAUGACGACGACAACAACAACGAUAAGAACAGAAUCAUGUGGUCGAUGGAGCCCGAGCUGCUAGUGCGGGACGGCUGCGUCCAGAUUCCCCGCGUGGUGAAGGACACAGCCAAAAACGAUCGUCUGAACUCGAGCACACGUCUGAUAGAGCAGAAGACAUGUCGGUCUCAGCAUCUGGUUGAGCUCGACACGGCCCAAAUCGAACCUUGGAAGCCAUACCACUACAUGGACACUGGUGAUGGUGGCCGUCCUUCCCUUCCUCCUCAUCUUCCUCGAGUUCCUCUUAUACGCCGACCCCUGCCUGACGGGCUGCCUGCGGACUAUAGAGCGUCAAUGUGUCCGAUAGAAACUACCGUUUCUACUGUUCGCUGUCUUCCGUACACGCCGGGCCAGCAGCGGUUCCAUCUCAUCGUCGGGGCCAUAGACCGACAGCGGUGCCCCUUCUCUACGUCAUCAUUGGUCACGGGAACCAGGGUGGCAGCUCUAUGCCCAGUCAACCCAGCCACGACCGUCUACGUACCCCUAGACAACGUCUAUAAGAUGGAACACGAGAAAGUGCCAUCACUUUCGCUGUUCAGCGACGAAGUCAUUCUGCUGGCCACCUUAUCCAGCAUGAUGCUGCGGCGGACAGCUUUGUUGGUCACCGAUGACAGCAAAGUACUGCUGCUCAAUCCCGGACGAGACCUUAGCAACAUGAUGUCAAAGUUGAGUUUGCCUCGAGAAAUCACAGAUAGGCUGCUUCUAGCGGGUGUCGGGGCUUCACCUCCAACCGCCGAGAUACGAUGGGGGUCCAUCGGCGCCGUGGUCGACAUGGGUGGCGGGCUAAACGAUCAUGCGACAGACUCCCAGAGCAGAGAAAACAGCUGCAGCGGCGAAUGGAUGCAGGAAAUAGACGAUCUCGGACCAUGGGUGCUCCGAUACCGAUAUCCCAUCAUCCCACCCGUGUCUGAGAGCCAGAGCAGAUCCAUCUUCUUCUGCGCAUGCGCUGACUUAGCCAACCUCGACCAUUCAGCUAGCACUGCAUACCAGGACGGCACAGCCCCUACAUCUCUCUUUGACUGGAGAAGCAGCAUAUUCACAACCCAGGUCCAGCCCCUCGACUUCAAGGCGCUGUUCCGCGCUGACAGGACCUACCUCCUCGUUGGCCUGUCUUCAGACCUAGGGUUGUCGCUUUGUCGGUGGAUGGUUGCUAACGGAGCCCGGCACGUCGCAAUAGCAAGCCGGCACGCCCCAAACCAGGUUAGGUCUAGUCUGUACUUAACGUUUGCUGAAGACAUGCGCAGGGCUGGUGCCUACUUUGCUGCAGUCCAAUGUGAUGUGACAAGGCGCGCAUCCCUCGAGGCAGCUGUCUGGGAACUCGCUGGGCACCUGCACAUGCCACCCGUCGCAGGGAUCGCGCACGGCGCAAUGGUGCUGCAGGACAAACUCUUUGCUGACAUGACAGUUUUGGACCUGGAGGAGGUAAUCGCGCCAAAGGCACUCGGCGCGGCAAAUCUUGACGCGCUGUUCGGCGGCGGAGGCGGAGACGGAGACGACCGAGAGCCGCCCACCCUUGACUUCUUCGUUAUGAUGUCCUCGACGGCCUGCAUCAUCGGCAACAUCUCGCAGUCCAACUACCACGCCGGUAACAUGUUCAUGGCGGCGCUAGUAGAGCGACGGCGUGCUAGGGGCCUACCGGCCUCUGUGCUGCACCUGUCGGCUGUCGCGGGCGUGGGCUACGUGCACCGGCUCCCCGAGCGUGCGCGGGACUUCACAAACACAUUCGCCUUGUUGCACGAGGAGGACUUGCACCUCGCGUUCGGCGAGGCCAUCGCGGCCGGCCGGCCGGGCUCCGGGGCAAACGGCGAGGUCAUCUGCACAAUCAAGACAAAGAGGAAGAAGGAGAAGACGACGGGCAGCGUUGUUGGCGACCCCACGAUAACCAGCUGGCUGGACAACCCGCGUUUCUCGACCCUCGUCGAGGACGAUGGCUCUCAGUCUGACGCCACGGUCGACGGCAACGGCAGCGCGGCCGGCGCCGCCGUCAGGGUGACGGACCUCGGGGCGGCCCUUCGCGCCGUCCCGGCGUCCGACCGAGCACAGGCGGCGCAGCUGAUUCAGGCGUCGUUCGUCCGGAAGCUCGAGACUGCGCUGCGCAAGAGCCCCGGCACUAUCGACGCGCAGUUGUCGCUGUCGGCUGUAGGGCUCGACUCAGUGCUAGCCGUCGAGAUGCGCUUCUGGUUCCUUAAGACCAUCAUGGUUGAAAUCCCCGUGCUCAAGUUUAUGCACCAGUCGGUUGCACAGAUUAGCGAGUGGGCGGCAGGCGAGAGUGUAACCUAG